AUGGCUGGAGGACUAGCAGCAGAUGAUUCUUCAGAUGAUGAUCUAUGCGAUUUAUCUCGUUAUGAUAAUCGUUAUUGGGGUUCACAGCAGAGACCUGCAAGAACCCUAGUCCUUCUUGGCUGCUCGGGGAAUGGGAAAAGUGCGACUGGGAAUAGCAUCCUCGGAAGAGAUGCAUUCGAGUCGAAAGGACGAGCAGCAGCCGUUACCAAAGAAUGUGUGCUUCAGAAUGUUAGGCGGGCAAACGGACAGAUCAUCAAUGUUAUUGAUACUCCUGGCCUAUUUAGUCUGUUACCCUCAAACGAGGCUACCAUUCGUGAGAUCUUGAAAUGCUCCCGUCUCGCCAAAGAAGGGAUCAAUGCAGUGCUUAUGGUUCUUUCCUUGAGAAACCGGCUAACAGAAGAGGAGAAAUCUGCGCUUCUUGUGUUGAAGAUCCUCUUUGGAAGUGAUAUUGUUGACUACAUGAUCCUUGUUUUCACCAAUGAGGAUUCACUUGAUGAUAACAGUGACACAAUGAAGGACUAUCUGGAGGAAUGCCCUGAUUUCAAGGAAAUUCUCACGGCCUGCAACAACCGCAUGGUACUGUUUGAUAACAGGCCUAAAGCAGAUAAGAACAAGAAAGCUGAGCAAGUUCAGGAGCUUCUAAGCCUUGUUGAAGAAGUUAUGAGAAAGAACAACAAUAAACCGUUUAUGGUUGAUUUCUCUCAUGAUACAAAGGAAAACGAGGCUGCAUUUGAAGAGAAGCAUAAAAAAAUUAAAGCAUUGAAGGGUCAAUGCACAAAACAAGAGAAGGAAGAAGCAGAGGAUUCACUUCAUCAGCUCAGCCGAAAGGUGGAGACUAAGCUGAUAAAAACAACGAAUCUGCUGGAGAAGAAACUUAACGAGGAGCAAGCCGCAAGACUUGAAGCGGAAGAGAGGGCGAGAAAACUCCACAAAGAAUCCAGCGAUGAGAUUAAGAGGCUGACAGAGAAACUCGAGAAGGCAGAAAAAGAACUCGAGAAACAGGGAGGAAGUUGCAUCGUUCUUUGA